AUGCCCUUUACAUUUUUGUCUGAAUUCGUGGACUUUUAUUCUGUUUUAUCCUCUGGCGCCGGCUUCCGGUUCCUCAGACACAGCGGCGGCAGCAUGGGACCAGGAGCGAAAAUAAACAGACCCAAAACUGAACUGGCCAAGAAGCUGUUCAAGAGACGCAGGGUUCUGAGUCAAGAGAAGAGACGCAAGAAGCGGAUCGUGGGAGCUGUGAUCGACCGGGACAUCAUCACCAAACACCAUCUGAAGAAGAGGAGCUCCAGCUCCAGAGCCAACAUCACUCUCUCGGGGAAGAAGAGGAGGAAGCUGAUCAAGCAGCUGGCGCACAUGGAGCGAGAGAAGAUCGCUGUGGAAGCGGAGACACAGAAGAACCUCCCUCCUGCUGCAGCUGCAGACAAACCCAAGAACAGCAGAAGAGCAGCGGCAGCGAGCCACACUGAGGGAUGGGAUGGGGAGUAGAGCAG